CAGUCCAGGAUAAAAGCUCCACCGCGGGACUGAGGCAGCAGGGGCAUCGUGGACACAGCUGCACGCCGAGGGACACCUUGUCACAGAGCAGCAGGCCGAGCCCCACACGGGACUCUGCGGCCCAAGGCUCCAAGGCCAACUGAGGCAGAGCACAGAGCUGACAGCCUCAAGUGCACAUUUGGUCUCCAGCAGCGACAGAGAAGCGAGGCCAGGAUGAGGCCAGACCCCGCUGGAGGUUGUAAGCUGGUGCUACUGCUGCUGCUGCUGGGCAUGGUGCUGACCAGGACAGGGGCAGUUCCUGUCCCCAGGCCCCUCAGUGUCUCCUCAGAUGCCAGGCACUGCCACGUGGCCCAGUUCAAGUCUCUGUCCCCAGUAGAGAUGCAGGCCUUCAAGACAGCCAAGGAUGCCUUUGAAGAGCAGCUCCUGCUGAAGGACUCCAGGUGCAACUCCCGCCUCUUCCCCAGGGCCUGGGACCUGCAGCGGCUGCAGGUGUGGGAGCGCCCCGUGGCCCUGCAGGCUGAGCUCGCCCUGACACUGGAGGUCCUGGGCUCCGUGACAGACCCGGCCCUGGAGGACGUCCUGGAGCGGCCCCUCCGCACACUGGCGCAUAUCCACGCCCAGCUGCGGGCCUGUGUCCCAGCUGGGCCCACAGCAGCCCCCAGGCCCCGCAGCCACCUCCUGUCUCACUGGCUGCAGAGGCUCAACCAGGCCACCAAGAAGGAGUCCCCUGGCUGCCUCCAGGCUUCUGUCAUCUCCAACCUCUUCCGCCUGCUCACCCGGGACCUGAGAUGUGUGGCCAGGCCAGACCUGUGUGCCUGAACCCUCGGCCUCUCCUGCAUCCUGCCACAGAAGCCUGCAUCUCACUUCUGCCUCCCCCUCUUGCCUUAACUUAUUGC